CCGUCAAUUUAAGACAUAGAUUGAUUGACGCUGUCAGCAUUACUUGUACCCGAGUAUUAAGGUGACUUCGGCACGGAACAACAAUAUUCCACUUUGGAGGGGUAAAUUAUUUUUCUUUCUGGAAAGUAAACACCACAAAUCUUCAAGUCCCAAACAUCGCCACCAUGAAAAUAGAAGAGCUUCCCGAGUCUUUCGACAAUUCAGUCGAUAUAUCGUCUCCCCCAAAUACCCAUAAUACAUCUCCAUCCCUCGAAACCGACCUCCUAACAGCCGCUCUCAACGCCCAUGCCUCCUCCACCCCCACCACCCAGGAUGGCAUAACCACACCCGCCCUUCCUCCAGCCCUCGCAGAUAUCCGCCACAAGACCGGCGCUGAGAUCCUCGCAGAUCUGAAUACCGUGCCACUAUUCAUGACCGAAUUAGAAGAGAACGAUGGAAUUGAAGCAUUGAAAGCACUUGCAUACGAAGGCACGCCCGCAGAAGUAGCUCAAGGUUUCAAAGAGCGCGGUAAUGAGAGUUUUGCGGAGAAAAGCUGGAAAGAUGCAAAAGAGUUCUACGAGAAAGGAAUAAAUGUCCUGUUGAUCGAAGUCCGGAAACGACAAGCUGCGAAUAAGAUCCGCUCCAAGUUGAAGGGAAAGGGAAAGCUUGAGGAAGUAGAAGAAGAAAUCGAUGAGGAGGAAAUCAAAAAGGAAAUCAAGAUCCUGGAAGCGUCUCUUAUCAACCGAGCAGCAUGCCAUCUCGAGUUAAAGAACUACCGAAGCUGCACCCUCGACUGCGGCAGCGCACUAAGAAUCAACCCUCGAAACGUCAAAGCCCUGUACAGAUCCUCCAAAGCCCUCCUGGCACUCGAUCGCAUCCCCGAAGCAGACGAUGCCUGUGCACGCGGUCUAGCCCUCGAUCCAGAAAACAAAGCCCUCCAACUCGUCGCCAAGGAAAUCAUCAAGCGCAACGAGAUCGUGGCGGCAAGGAAGAAGAAAGAUCUGGAAAGGGAGCAGAGGAAGAGAUUGGAAGCUUUUACUUUGGCAGCUGCGCUGAAAGCAAGGAAUAUAAAGACAAGGAAGACGGCUCAGCCGCCGGAGAUGGAGGAUGCUGCUAUCUCACUCGUCCCUGAACCAACAGAUCCGACAUCCACGCUGUCCUUCCCUACAGUCCUUCUCUACCCUCUCCACCUGGAAUCAGAUUUCAUCAAGGCAUUUAAUGAGACCGAACCACUCGGUCAUCAUCUCAGCUAUAUCCUACCCUUGCCAUGGGAUAGGAGCGGGGAGUAUACGCCCACGGGAGUGGAGUGCUAUAUGGAGACCGUGACGGGCGGACUUAUCAAAGUUGGGAGGAAAGUCCCCCUGUUGAAGGUGUUGAGUGAGGGUAAUGUGGAGAUUGUAGAUGAGGUUGUGAGGAUAUAUGUUGUUCCGAAAGGAAAGGCUGAGGCGUGGGUGAAGGAGUUUAAGGAGAAGAAGGCGAAGGAGAUGAAUGCUUCGGGAUGAGCUUGCUUCCGUGGGUACAUCCGUGUCAUUUGCGUGUGGUGUGGUGUGUGGCCGGGCAAUCUUGAGGCGCAUCUCCUGUCAUCUCAUCUCACUUCGUCGGCUGAUCUAUUUCGGUCUCAUCGAAUGGCUGAAAUGACGAGACAGGAGAUUUGGAUCAACGAACCGACGGAACGGGUACCUUCUACCCUUGAAAACUCCCAAUAUCUCAAUCCAGCCAUCUGCAUCUCUGGAAAGAAAUUCAAGGAAGUCUAGCGAUCUCGUAGGUCGAUCCAGCAAAGCGGACGGGUACCUGGGUUACGGGCAAUUAGACAUGGCAAGGGACUGCACCGCGCCGACAUGUCAGGAGUAAGAGGAAAAGGAAGAACGGAAUUGGCAUUACUUUUAGUUCCCUGUGUCUGAUUCUGAUUCUGACAGGAGGGUCGUACUGUACGCGGGGACGGACCCCUACGUCUCCGCUUGGAUGGGGAGACGUGCAUGGCAUGGCAUGGCGUAGCAUGGCGGAUUUUGGGCAGUCAGAUCGGGGAAUCCAGAUCUGGGAAGUAUAGUGCCCUUCAGUAGCACGAACUACUUACCGAUGGAUGGACGGACGGCUAGCUAGCUCGGAAAGAAAAGGGGUGGUAGGCCGUUCUGUCUGUGUGUAACAAUGAAAUGAAACCAGAGCUAGAGCCGCGUUGACCACAAAAUUUCUCCUUUCCACCCGUCUCUAUUUUUGCACUCUCUGUGACUGACGUGCCGUGACGUGACUGAGUAACUGCGUGGGUGUGUUGAGUG